AUGAGUUGCACACUUCCGGCGCCAACGGCUAUAGACAACUUUGCAGUAACGAUAAAAAGUUCCGCUUCAGUUGUUACUUAUAAGGCGUGGUCGUUAGAUCUGCACUCGAUGGAUUUCGAGAGACGCGUGCUUACCUUCCAAAGUAGCAGGAAAAUGUAUCCGCCGAGAAUUGUUUUAAACUUCCACUUUAAUACAUUUGGAUUUUUGGAACCUACCGGAAGUUGCUCCUUUACGUUAUUGACUGAACGACUUACGACAACGACAUUGCCUACGACGUCUAGAAUCACACAACCGUGGAUGAGACCACCUACUAGUAUGAGAGAUAGGCCAAUGCCUCUUGAAACUGACACAGAGAGUAGUACAACAAGCUGGGCCACAACGAGUUCAACUGAGUCUCCCACAAUGACUUCUACCACAAAUACACUGAGAAACACAUCAGAAUAUUCAGUAAACGACGCUGACCCAUGCUUGCAGGCCUGGAUAACAUUCCCGCCGACACGCUACGGGUUUCCAGACGAAAGGCCCGCCCCAGAUGGCGGCGAAACAACAACAGAGGGAACAUCAACAUUGCCAAGUCGGGAUAAGCUUUUACCUGGAUUCGGAAUCCCUCUGUUUAAGAGAGCCAUCUUCAGCCCAGCGACAGCGCCAAUGCCAAUGCCAGACCAACAUCUACAACCUGUCCUACCUGUAAUGCAGCCACCAUUGAUAAUAAACUACCCUGAUGCUAUCGAGAAGUCCAUGAUGUUUUAUGCUGCUCAAAGGUCUGGCGACUUUGAAAAGGCCCCGCUGUCCUUACCAUACGACUGGGUGCGUUCUUCCGGAACAUUCCAUUUAGCACCGGACGGUAGAGAUUUGACCGGAGGAUGGUAUAACGGUAAUGAUAACGUAAAACUGACGUUUCCUAUGGCUGCUGCUACAACUGUUUUGGCCUGGGGCUAUAAUUCAUGGAAGGAAGUGUAUCAGUACAAUAGUUCAAGGCUAGAUGAACAGUUUAAGGAAACAUUAAAAUGGCCGCUUGACUACUUCUUGAAGAGUUGGGAUCUCAGCAAUGAAACACUUUAUGUGCAGAUUGGUAAUUUGAGCAAAGAGAGGACUUUAUGGAACAGAGCUGACGAUUAUUUGUACAAUACACUUUGGAAUAACAACGAAUGGCCCGUGUAUAGCGUCUCUCCUUCAAACCCCGGAAGUGACGUCGCAGCGGAAGUAGCAACUGCAAUGGCGCUAUCUUCUCUCAUUGAAUUCGAUUCAAUGGACGGCGAAACGACAACAGAAGGUACAUCGACUACCGCAGGUAUUCCAGGUCGAGGCAGGCCUUUCCCAGGUGGCGGAAUCCCUCUUUUCAAAAGAUCGGCGCCAGACAAUGUUCCCUACAGUACAAGACUUUUAGACACGGCUGAGGAGAUUUAUCAAUUUGCAAAAUCAUAUCCUGGAAUAUACAGUGACAGUGUACCAGUAGGCGGAGCAGAAUAUCCAGACUACACGUCCUCUGGUUACGAAGAUGAGAUGUGUUUUGCUGCCGCUGUUCUAUAUAACAUAACCGCCAAAAAGAUUUACCUCAACGACGCCAAAUCUUACUUUGCCACCUUUGAGAAUGCAGGAACUCCCGAUUUCUUCUCCUGGGACGACAAACGUACUGCUUGCGCGGUAAUGUUGUAUAAGGGUACCAAAGACGAUAAGUACGCGACAUUUUUGGAAGGCUUCCGUAAUCACUGGAUGGCGACCACUGGAGAGUUCACACCUAACGGUUUCGCAUGGAGAAAUGAAGAAGGACCGCUGCGCUAUACAGCCAAUGCAAUUUUCAUAUUGCUGCAGAGUAUUGAUGCUGGUGUGUUCCAGCCUGAUAUAGCUAUGGAAAUAUACAAAUGGAGUGCAAAUCAGAUAGACUACAUGCUGGGUGCUAACGGCAUGCAAUACAGUUAUCUGAUUGGUUACAGUGACUACCACGUCACAAAUCCUUAUCACAAGAACAGCGCUUGCAAUCAUCCCGCAAAGCCAUGUGGAUGGACAUUUUACAAUUCCGAAUGGGACAAUAUAAAUAAAUUGGUUGGUGCUUUAGUUGGUGGCCCUAACCUGAAUGAUUAUCAUGCAGAUAACCGACAAAAUAAGAUUGGAAACAGCGUGGCUGUGGAUUACAAUGCAGGAUUUCAGUCAGUUCUUGCUGGUUUGCAAAAACAAAAACUGGCAUUGCAAGAUGCAUGUGACGCGUUAUUGGAAGGUAUAAAUGGAGGGUCGGGAAUAGGGGGACCUUUGGUAGACCCCACAAUUCCAACAGGGAUCUUUGACAAUACAACGGACUCGGAGGAAAUAACAACAUCCGGAACAGGAGAAACUCCGACUACCCCUUAUACCACAACAGAGCCGACACCAAUUCCAAAGAAACCGGAGAGUUUUGACUACGUUGAUGCCCUGAAAAAGUCUAUGUUGUUCUACGCGGCGCAAAGAUCUGGAACGGAACCAGAAAAUAAUCCGAUACCAUGGAGACGGUGGGAUUCAGAGGAGAAGGGCACUGCCAGUGGCGGAUGGUUUGACGACGGAUCAGCGGUUAAGACCACAAAAGUGAUGGCUUCAGCAGCGUUGAUUAUUGGCUGGGGCGGUGUGAACUUCAAGGCCGGCUACGAGAUUGCUGGGGCAUUGUCCGAUCUUCGCGACUGUCUAAGAUGGCCAUUAGAUUAUUUCCUCAACAUUUGGAAUCCAGAAGAACAGACCUUGGUGCAAAAGGUCGGAUUUGAAGUAUAUGAGAGAGCGUUUUGGUCACGACCAGAACGUACAAGCACUUUAUCAUCAUCUGACAUCGUGAAAAUACGGGUUAACCAAGGAGGAGGGGGAGAAGGGGCAGAUGUUGCAGCCGAUGUUGCUACGGCACUUGCUAUUGGCUCUGUUAUCUUCAAAGAUAAUGAUACCGGAUAUUCUGCCAGGUUGCUGUCAGCAGCUAAAGAAGUUUAUAGCUUUGCGAAACAAUUAAAUGAGACAUUUAAAGACCCUUCUAGCAUAUAUUACUCUGAUCCUGGUGAUGAUUUUGAUGACGAGAUGUGUGUGGCAGCUUGGUGGAUGUACAAAGCAACACAGGAAUCGCAAUACUAUGACGACGGUAUGACGUUCGAAACAAUGAAAGUGAUAAACGCUGUUUUAGAAUGGAAAGACAAAUACACUCUUUGCAAUCUAUUACAGUAUGAGUUCACCGGUUCUACUGCUAUUCUUGGAGGGAUGGAAUACUGGAUGAAGGGAGUUGUAACCACUCCACAGGGUCUUGUAUGGCAGGAUUACGAGUCGCUGAAAUUCGCAGGUAAUGCAGCCUUACUUCAUGCGCUGUGUAGAAAUGAGGGCAUUAUGAAUAACCCGUCCGAACUCUACCUAACGCAGAUUGAAUAUAUAUUGGGAAGAAAUGAGAAUGCCUUUAGUUAUCAGAUCGGAUAUGGUAGUCGUUAUCCUAGGCGACCCCACCACAGAUCAAGCUCAUGCCCAGAUUAUAUGGACACAUGUGACUGGUCAAUUUACAACUCCCCAAGUCGAAAUCCUUUCGAACUUACUGGAGCUUUGGUUGGUGGUCCGGACAUGAACGAUGCAUAUGAAGAUGUCCGAUCGAACGAAAAGAUGAACAGAGUGUCUGUGGAACACAACGCCGGGUUUCAAUCUGUAUUGGCUUACAUUGUUAUGGAACAUCCUCCAUCAAAGAAAACGCCGACGGCAACAGAAGACCCCGUUUUCCCGCCUGAAACUGACCCUAUAAAUGAAACAUCUGGUGCUGUUUGCUUGAUAGGUUCAAUGAGUGCUAUGUUAUAUUUCACUUUCAUUCUGCUGUCAUGUUCUACAUUCAAGUUGUAGUUAACAGUUUUGCACGAUAAUAUGAAUGUCUUUCUCUCUGUGUUCCUAUAUUAAUACUAGCAUGUUGUCAAAGAGUACUUAAAUGUUCUGAUCAGUAUAACUUUAUAAUUUGUUAUGAUUCUGGUAUAAAUCUUGGCGCCACUUAUUAGGAAAGGAAGUACUUAAUUGUCUGUAAAUCAGUGUACUAGAUAGGACACAAGUUUUGAGAUUUUGCCGUUGUUAUCAUAUACAUGGUCAUUAAUUAAAUAAUAAUUAUAAUGUGUAACAAUGUACUAAAUGGCAGAUUAAGGUGAUAACAGUAUUUAGCUAUUAGGUUUACACUGAAUAAUGAUUAAGAUGCCAUUGAAGGUAAGGCAAAUAAAAUUUCAGUGAACGCCAGUCAUAAGUAAUACAUCUCUGGAGGUCAGACACAAUUUAGACAUUAGUGAACGUCAGACCUAAAUAUUAAUAUGUAACAAUGUAAUAUGGGUCAGGCUUUAUCAAUAUAUCAGUGAAGGUCAGUCAUAAACAAGUGGCAAGCGAGGGCCAGACAUCAACAAAAUGUCAUUAAAAGUAAGACAUUAUAAUAAUAUUAACUUCAGGCAUAUAUAGAAUGUGAAUAAAUGUCGGGGAAAUAUCAUUCUCGCCAGAACUGUCACACGACAAGUGUCUUUACUUUCAUAUUAUUUUUCAUAUGAAGACUUAAUCACGAAUAUUAUUUCUUCAUAACAGGUUAUUUUAGUAGAAUGUUUAGUUGCUGCUAAGUCUAAGGUUUGAACAGAAAUCGCGUGGCAUAUGCGCUGAAAGGUUAUGAUAUUUAAACCCGAUUGCUCUUUAUUUGAUAUUCGCUCCUUUUCUUGUAUGGACUUACAUUGCAUAGUUUUGAUGAAUAUUGAUGGAUAUAUGUUGGAUUGCAUAGGCAUGUGAGCAGGGUAGUGGUUGUGGUGUGGGGGUAGGGAGGUCGGGUUAGGUACGCUCCACCAUCCAACUUUGAAUGCAUAACAGCUCCCCAAACCGACCAAAUUUCUUCCCUAUAUUUCGGUGAAAAUUAUUUGCACAGGAAUAACAGCAAAUGAAAGGGACACACAGACUUUAUGAGAGGACAUUUCUAUGUACCGGAUAGGAUUUUAUAGUUAUGAUAUUGAGACAUG